AUGAUAGAUUUUAAGAAACGAGUGUUUUGGCGUUUUACAUUUAAAGACAUAUUAACUAUUAUAUCGCCAGUUGCUAUACCCAUCGCUCUUGCUAUUUAUACUGCAGUUGGAUAUCAACAACAAAAACAACAAGCUGAGAAAAAACAAAAGUUUGAUUUGGAACAAUCGAGAGAAUUAAGACAACAAACACUGUAUGAUGAAUUUUUAAAUAAUAUUUAUAAAUUAGAUAAAGAUGGUUAUCUUAACGAUACAAAAAAUCCAUGGGCAUUUGCAAACGCAUAUUAUCGUGCUGCUCAUCGUCAAUGGGAUACAAUACGUAAAGCAGAUGUUUUACAAUUUCUUAAAGAAAAACAAUUAAUUGGUAGAAAUAAUUGUAGUAAUGAAUGUAAAACAACAAAAUUAGAUGAUAUAAUCCGUUUGAAUGAAUUAAAUUUUGAUAAUGUUCAUCUAGCAAGUGAAACAGGUAUAUUAAACAAGUUGAAUUUACAAUGUGUUUCUUUUGAUCAGAUAUCAAUGUCAAAUGGGGAGUUUGUAUCAGUUAAUUUAAAUGGUGUAUCAUUUGAUGGAGGACGAUUAAAUAAUGUUAAAUUUGAUGGUUCAUCGUUACUUUGUGCUAGUUUCAAUCGUGUAAAUCUGGUGGAAUGCAACUACAUCAUCAACGACAACAAAAAACCUAUAACACAAACAAAAACAACAACAACAACAUCAUCAUCAUUAUCACCAACUACAUCGCCGACAACAACGCCAUCAUCAACAUCAACAUCAACCACAAUUUUAACAGCAACUUCAACACUAACGUCAACAUCAACUCCGACAUCAACAACAACAACAACAACGUCGACAACAACGUUAACAAUAACAUCAACAACAAGCACAACUACAACUACAACAACAACUUCAAACACAACAGUAUCAUCAACAAUAAAGUCAACAACAUCUACUAUAACAAGGACCACAACAAUAACAGCAACAACGACAGCAACAUCAACAAUAACAACAUCAACAUCAACAGUAACGACGACAACAACAGUUGUUCCUAAUUGCAGCCCAAGUGUUUGUUGUAGUGCUGUAAGUUGUACUACUUGUGUUUAUAGUAGUACUACUUAUUACUGUCUUCUUUACUCGAAUCCACCUGGUUAUAAUUUGUAUACUAGUGCUAGCAGUUGUGCUAGUGAUGGCGGUGCUGAUAUUUAUUGUAACUAUAAUACUACUUGUGGUAUUGGUGCUGGUACUCCUGGUCUUGGUUCUGGUAAUGGUUGUAAAUAA